UGAAGGACUCAGGGCAGUCGGAGAAACUUCAGAAGAAAGAUAAAAAGAAGUGUGGGGGGAGUCCCAGCAAGUUCUGGGCACUGUUGGCGAAAGCAGAUCUGCCCCUCCUGCAAAGUAAGGUUACUGCUUGAAACAGAACUGACUGCCACGAUGCGACCUUUCUUUAUGAAGAUGCUAGUCUUUUUGGUCUUCUUUCUCACAAGUGUAAAAGAAAUCAGCUCCCUGGAAAUUACUCCCAGUGCCCAUGAAGUUAUCCUCAAUCCGAACACCGAUUUUACCCUGAAAUGUUCAGGACACAACGAGAUUUUCUGGAAAACAGACAGCAUGCACACCAAAUUAGACACUGUCCUAGAGAAAGGGGAUACCAUUUUUACCAACACCCUCACACUCAGGAACUUGACUGGUUUAAACACAGGCGAAUAUUCCUGUAUCGACAAUCAAGACCUGGAUGAAAAAGCCAUCUACAUUUUUGUACCAGAUCUCUCUAUGCCAUUCCUACCAAAUGACCAGGAAGACAUAUUUGUGUUCAGCACAGGCUAUGGUGAAGUCAUUAUUCCUUGCCGUGUGACAAACCCAAAUGCUACAGUGGCUCUUUAUGAAAAGAGGGUUAGUGAUCCAGUCCCUGAAACAUAUUUUCCACAACAAGGCUUUAAAGGGCAGUUUGAAGACAAGGCCUACAUCUGCAAAGCAACAAUAGAUGGUGAAGAGUUUGAGUCUGAAACAUUCUAUGUCUAUAGCAUCCAAGUCUCUUCUUCUCCUACCAACGUAAUCAACAUGUCUAUCAGUGCAGUGCAAACUCUUUUGAAACAAGGUGAAAAUAUCACUGUGACAUGUUCAGUAAGAGGUAUUGAGUUGAUCAAUUACACCUGGAGUUAUCCUGGACAGAAGAUGGGCAAGGAGGUAAAACCUCGGACACGUUUUGUUCCAGGAGUCAAACAUCACACUAGUUCUGUCCUAACCAUUCACAACGCAGACUUGAAUGAUCAAGGGCUAUACGUAUGCGAGGCCAUUGACACCUAUCAUGUACAAAAAGAAGAACGGAGUAUCUCUGUCAGAGUGAUCGAGCAUGGCUUUGUGAUUUUCCACUCUGUUCUGAAUGAGACCGUGUUUGCAGAACUGCACAAAAGUCACACCUUUCUGGUGGAGAUCGAAGCCUAUCCAAGUCCAACCAUCCUCUGGUUUCAGAAUAACAAGACCCUGACGUCUAAGAGCAACAGUGAAUUUGCUAUCAACAGAAGGAAUUUGUCAGAAACCAGGUAUCAAACUACUCUGACCCUCGUAAGGGUGAAACAAAGUGAAGGAGGUUUGUACACUGUCCGAGCAUUUCAUGAAGAUGACUUAAAAGAGCUCUCCUUUUACUUGCAGAUUAAUGUCCCAGCUAAAGUGACUGAUCUGAGAGACUGCAGCACCAAAACAAAUGGGGAGCAAACGGUGAUCUGUACCACAGAAGGAAUGCCCCAACCGGAGGUUACCUGGUAUACCUGUAAUGAUGAUCAGUGGUGUGCUGGGAAAACCACCAAGAUCCUGGGGAAUACCUCAGAAGAAAUGAAUCUGCAAACAAAUUUCACAUACAGAGAUGACCUGAAACUUUAUAUUGUGACAAGCAAGCUGCACUUUCACAGAGUAGAUGAGCCUAUCUUUAUCCAAUGUGCUACUCAAAAUCUCUUGGGUACAGAUUUUCAGCAGAUCACCCUAGUCCCGUACAAUCUAUCUUUUAAAGUAAUCAUUAGUUCAGUAAUCGUGGCCUUUGUGGUGCUCAUGGUUCUUUUCCUGGUGAUCCUCAUUUUCUUGUGGCGAAAAAAGCCUCGAUAUGAAAUUCGCUGGAAGGUGAUUGAGUCAGUCAGCUCUGAUGGACAUGAAUAUAUUUAUGUGGACCCUAUGCAACUGCCUUAUGAUUCCAGCUGGGAGGUCCCAAGGGACAGGCUUGUUCUAGGACGUACAUUGGGUUCUGGAGCCUUUGGGCGGGUGGUGGAAGCAAUCGCUCACAGCCUAAGCCAUUCCCAGUCCACCAUGAGAGUUGCUGUGAAAAUGCUCAAGUCCACAGCCCGAAGCAGCGAAAAACAGGCCCUGAUGUCAGAACUGAAGAUCAUGAGCCACCUUGGGCCUCACCUGAACAUUGUGAACUUGCUUGGUGCUUGCACCAAAGGAGGCCCCAUCUACAUCAUAACAGAGUACUGCCGCUACGGAGACCUUGUGGACUAUCUACACAGGAACAAGCACACCUUCCUGCAGUGCUACAGUGAGAAGGCCAAGCAAGAAGCAGAUUUGUACGGGAAUGGCCUGCGUGAGGACAGGCUGCAGAGCCAUACGUCCUUGUCUGUAGAAAGUGAUGGGGGCUACAUGGAUAUGAGUAAGGAUGAAUCACUGGAUUAUGUGCCCAUGUCUGACAUGAAAGGUGAAAUCAAGUAUGUGGACAUUGAUUCUUCCAAUUAUGGCAUGACCUAUGAGCUGGACAGCUAUUCACCAUCAGCUUCAGAAAAAGUGACCUUGAUCAAUGAGUCUCCUCUCCUCAGCUAUACUGAUCUUGUUGGAGUUAGCUUCCAAGUGGCCAAUGGAAUGGAGUUCUUAGCUUCUAAAAAUUGUGUGCACCGAGAUCUGGCUGCAAGAAACGUACUGAUCUGUGAGGGGAAACUGGUGAAGAUCUGUGACUUUGGCCUAGCCAGAGACAUCAUGCGAGAUUCAAAUUACAUUUCCAAGGGGAAUACCUUCUUGCCUUUGAAAUGGAUGGCCCCUGAGAGCAUCUUCAACAACCUCUACACUACCUUAAGCGAUGUGUGGUCCUUUGGGAUUCUUCUCUGGGAAAUAUUCACUCUGGGUGGGACUCCAUAUCCUGAACUGCCUAUGAAUGAGCAAUUCUAUAAUGCUAUUAAACGUGGCUACCGGAUGUCCAAACCUACCCAUGCAUCCAAUGAAAUCUAUGAAAUUAUGCAGAAAUGCUGGGAAGAGAAAUUUGAGAUCCGACCUUCUUUCUCUCAACUGGUGGUACUUAUGGGGAACCUGCUAGCAGACAGCUACAAGAAGAAGUACCAACAGGUCAAUGAAGAAUUCUUGAAAAGUGACCACCCUGCUAUUGUCCGUACAAGGCCCAGGAACACAGGAUUCAAUCCUUCUAGGUCUACUGCAAGUGACAGUGUCAGUUCAAGUUCUGUUCUCUAUACAGCUGUGGAGCAGAAUGGACUGGACAAUGAUUAUAUCAUUCCCUUGCCUGAUCCUAAACCAGAGGGAGACAGUAAUGACCCUCAGGAGGCCUCUAGCAGCAGAGCAAGUUCGACCCUGAAUGAAGCAAACACAUCAUCUACAAUAUCUUGUGACAGCCCUUUAGCCCCUGAGCAAGAAGAAGCAGCAGCAUCUGAGUUGAAGCCAGACUGCUAGGGUUACCAGUGCUCCAUGCUCCUGUAUAUGCUGGUACUGGGGAGUUCCAUCCAGUGGGAAAACUUGCAUAUCCCCUUCAUUCAGUCAUAUCACAUUUCAGUUGCAAUUUGUCCCUCCUUACUCUUAACCUAAAAUAAAAGCCAGGAAUUAUAGAAAGAGGACUUUUCUGAGGCCAGGAGUAUCCAGAAGAACUGCGCACUAAAUCAGAACAAUCUAAGUCUGUGUUGUGUGGUAAUUCUUUGUGGCUUCUCACACUUCUGAACUGGGAUUAUAUUCACUUCAACUCUUAAUGCAGAAUUUGUUCUUCCAUCACGGAAUACAAUAUUCAUUCACCUUUCAUGUUUCCAUCUGCUAACUCAAAGUAUCAGAGGAGUAUCUAUGAAAUCUCAUCUUCAUCUUCAACGAUUUCUGGAUAAAACUACUCUCCCCAUGAUAAAGCAUGUCUCCACAGGGUCAAGCAAAAGAGUCUCUAGAGUUCUUCUGGGACAAACGCCUUUUGAUUCUUGCAAGUUUACUUGACUGAUAGAAAUUCAGUUACUGGAUUAUCAAAUGAUGCUUUUAAAAAUGUAUUUUUAGAAAGGAUAGGUAGUGUACAGGUGGACAGAAGCACAGAGAUGAUUUGCAGGGGAAGUUAAACUCACUAGAGACUCAGAAAGGUUCUUCUCACUGUUUAAGCCAUAAGAUUUAUGAUGAUUACUGAAUUCAACUCAACACUUAAGUUGGGGCCUGCCUUCCUUCUUGGGUUCCCCACUUUUUUUGUUUCAGCAUUCCAACAUUAGGGUAAAUGAUAUCGUGGAUUAUAGGUACUCAAAGAUACUGCAACUGCCCAGACAGUAGCUAAGGGCAGUAGCUAAAGCAGCAUCUUUAUUGUGAAAAAAAUACAGAGCACAUGGAGACUCAACUAAGGAUUCAGCUGAGGCAGCAGCAGCAGGAGCAUUCAAUGUUAAAUUUUCAGUAGGCUGCCCUUUCAUUGGAUCACUCAUUGAAAAGGAAUGCUUGGAUUUAUCCAAAGACCGUAAGAAGAUGAAAAAUGGAUCAUAAAUUUUCUCUUUCUGCUUGUGCACUUUGUAAGCAAAAAGCCUCACUGCCUAAUUGGCAGCUAUAUCUUUGCUUUACUUCAGAGGGUUAUUGAUAACAGCAUUUGUGGGGAAGCCCCAUUCCUCCUCUAGCAGUGGAAAGGAGGAGGGUUGGCUUAGAGGUCCAACAGAGGUCCUUCACAUUAAGCAUAAUGGGAAGGAUGAUCAGGAUGAUGAGAAGAGAGUCUAUGCGAAGAGCAUGUACUCUUUUUAAAGGAAAAGAAUGGUUUAAUAGUCCUUAGGAGAAAGUUAUUUUCUUGCCUCUUCUGUUUUCACCCACUUCAGUAGGACUUCAGUUUUAACUUUGUGUUAAAACGAUUAACAGAAGGUGUUUCAAACUGUUCUGCUGAACCCUAGGGGUGUUCAGUUGCAACAGGUAGAUCUUGAAAAGCAAGGCUGGACCUAAUUAGUCUUUGAUGGACUAGGAAGGAGGCAAUGGCAAAUCACUUCUGAAAAGCCUCACCAAGAAAACUGCAGGGACUUAUCCAGGCAGUC